UCUAAUUUACAAAUUCCUUAAUUAAAAUAUUAUUUAAAAAAAAAUUAGAAAGAUCGUUUUUGUGUUCACAUGUGGUGUAUAAAUAUACAUGGAAGCCUCUUCAAUCCAACUCCAAAAGAGAAGCAUUAUUUUCAAGAAAACAAAAAAUCUAGUUUUUAAAGAAGAAGAAAAAAGCAUAAAAAUGGCUUCAUGGAAGAAAACAAUCGCAACACCAUUCAAGAAAGCGGCAACAUUCUUCAACCAGCCGCAGCAAUCAUCAUCGCCAAAUAGCCGCCACGCAAACGCAAAGGCGAGAGAAGAGCACGAGAGACGAACCGUGCAAGAGCUUCAAGGUGACGUCAUGGCUUGUGGUUAUGAAGAUGUCCUCGUCAUGUGGUCUAUUCUUGACAAGUCAAACUCUUCAAACAAUCUCACUUCUUGAUUUUAGUUUCUUGCAAUCAAGAACAACGAGAAAGGAAUUCAAAUUUCCCUCUUUUUCAAUUUCCUCUUCUUUUUUUUUCCCCUUUUUUAAUUAGGUGUAUAUGUUGUAUAAGCCCGCCAUGUCUCUCAUCAUGAUUCUCCUUAUCUUUAAUGUGGUCGUGGCUUUUUAAAUUUAGAUUUUAGUGAAUUUUUAUCCGAAGUCUAGUUUGGAUUCGGAUGUUUGGUAAUCCCUGUGAUGAUCUAUCUAAUUCACGGUGAGAUUUUUCAUUUUAGUUUGGAACAAAUGAAUCCAAGUCUUUUCAUGUU